UGUCGGGCAGCAUUUAAAAUCCCAAACGAUUUGUCUUCAUUUGGUAGUGUCUAUUUGAAAGAAUGGCAGCAGUGUCCCUCUUUUCGUGGGUCUUCCUCCAGGCAGUUUUGCUUUUGGAUGUCCACUGUGGGCCUGUUAAGAUGGGUCCAUACUUCAUGAAUAAUGCUGGAGACACGGCAGGUCGUUCUUCUCAAGGUCCGGCCUCCAUGGUUAAAGGUGGAUCCACGGGAGGUGGUUCUUAUUCACCAGAUCCAGUCUUCUACCGACCUGAAGAGCCGGAAGCCCCUGAAGGCUACGGCACUAGCUCCGCUGCUGCUCUUCCCUCUGGAAAAAGCAACAGCCAUCCCUCCUUAACCGACUCGGCUCAAGCCAUCGCUUGGGUUAUCCCUCCUAGCGUCUACUCUGGUGACUCAAAAUCAGGUCAGGGUGGGGCUACAUCAGGGUCUGCCCCCAGCAAUGCCGUGCCUGGUCCGCAGUUCUUCCCAGGAGAGCUGCUCCAACUCGAGAGCACAAUGGACGCUGGACGCUUCAUUUCUGAGACCCAGGAACGGGGCAACCCUCCUCCUCCUCCACCACAGUUUGCUGUAAACACUGAGGUCUUCAACAGCCCACCUGCACAAGAAGCCUCUAUGCCCAGCAGCCCUUAUGGCUACUUCUAUGGGGACUCAAAAUCGGGUCAGGGUGGGGCUGCAUCAGGGUCUGCCCCCAGCAAUGCCAUGCCUGGUCCACAGUUCGUCCCAGGAGAGCUGCUCCAACUCGAGAGCACAAUGGACGCUGGACGCUUCAUUUCUGAGACCCAGGAACGGGGGAACCCUCGUCCUCCUCCUCCUCCACCACCGUUUGCUGUAAACACUGAGGUCUUCAACAGCCCGCCUGCACAAGAUGGCAACUUCUAUCCUUACGACUUCAUGUUUGUCACCGGCCAGUACCCUCCCGGUACCUAUGCUCAGGCCAGAAGUAGUUUUGAGCAAGGCAGUGAUAAGUUCAUUGAAAACCAUUACAUCCGAUACGAGUAUCCCGACAGCCACGGUGAGGAGCGGCCAAAGCAGCCUUACCCCAGUGACGCUUGGCAGGGCAUGGGGAAAGGGAUGCCUUAUCAUUAGCGUGCUUCUCCUGAGAUGCAGGCUUUCUGGAGGGACGGGUGGAAACGGUUGUUCAAUAAAAAAAAUACAACUUUGAUUUGUCUUGUGGGUUUUACUCUUUGUCAGCCACACACCAAUGUGCACCACCCUUUGACCUCAUCAUCCUUGAGCACAACAUGGUUUAUUGCCUGGAAGUUGAACCUCCCUGGGCUGGCUUCUGUUGGACUUAAGACAAUUGGAACUAAAUUCGUCAGUUUGCUUUUAUUCCUCAAAUAUUCAGAUGUACUGACCUAAAGGUGACUAGAUGGGUCAUCUGCAUUUUUGACUAGGACUUGACUGUCAACAAUGUAAACACCGGACCCCAAAUGGCCUUGACUAUACAAUAUUAAAGGGACGACCAAGACUUAAAACUGAGACUGAACUACUCCUUCUCGCCAGCAUGGUGACGGUUUCCUGGGAUCAGACGAUGAUCUGCUGGGACCUGGAAACGGCGAAGACUCUGUGGACAUCGAGGCAUGCUGGCUUGUUGACCUCCUGUAGCGUGUCCUCUGACGGGAAGCUCAUCGUGUGCGUCUCUGACAUGGACAACGAGGUGGACAUCUCCCUGGCAACCAACGGCGAGUGUCUGCACAAGGUUAAAGAUCACCACAGUUCCACCAUGACACGCUGCAGGUUCGACCCCCAGGGGCAGCACGUGGCCACGGUGUCUGUGGACCGCACCAUCAAGCUGUGGGACCUGCUGGCCCUGCGCACCACCAUGUCCAUCAACAGUAACCAUAGCAACACCGUCUCCAGUUGCUGCUUCACCGACAGCGGCCGCUUCUUGUGCACAGCGUCGUGGGACCGCAGCCUCCAGCUGUGGGACCUGGAGACCGGGGCCUUCCGCUCCCGGGGGGGCCUGAGGCUGGGGGGGGUGCACGUGGGCUCCGUCAGCUCUUGUGCCUUCUCUGCCGACGCUCAGCUCCUGGUGUCCGGCUCCUACGACAGGACCGUUGCACUCUGGGAUAUGGCCUCUCAGUGCCACACACUCAGCCUAAAGGGCCACAGUGAUUGGGUGACAGACGUUUCAAUCAGUAUGGACAAGAAAUUGGUGGCGUCUUGUUCCAGGGACGGAACGUGCAGGCUGUGGUCUGUGGAGGCCUGUGAUGUGAUCCCAGAGGUGGUGGAGAAAACAGAAAAUCAGCUGCUUAAGUGCGGGCAGUGCGGCGGUUCCUUCUGUGUGCCCCGCUCGGAGGCCUCGGACCAACUGCCGACCAACUGUGUCUUCUGCCGGAUGAAGACUGGCGGCAGAUACCGUCCUCAGCCUCCCUCCCUCUGACUACCGUCCUCAGCCUCCGGCCCUCAGACUCCCUUCCUCAGUCUAUCGUCCUCCUCAGCCUCUCGUUCGUAGCCUUCAGCCCUUUAUCCGCACGGCUCGACGAACCAACGAACCUUAUGAAGCAAUUCUGCAAAAAAUACAACUGAUUGGUUUAAUAAACGGUUUACUUUUUAAACGGGACUUUACUUUACCAAUCCUGUGUG